GUUUGCUUUUUGUGAUUUGUUUUUCCUUCGCUGGAAGUUUUCGUUUUUUGUCAAGUGCAUCAUCAUCGAAUUACUCGCAGUUUACUCAUCGAUCAAAAGUGGGAAGCCAUGAUGCAAGUGGACGAGCGUGCAACGGCGAGCGAUCUCGCUGCAAUGGACACGACGGCGGCUGGACCGACCUCGGGCGCAGCUGCCGCCGCUGCUUCCACUACUGCUGCUGCAGGUGCAGCGCGCAAGACAACGACUGGGCAGUCCGAGAUGCCGUGGGUUGAAAAGUACCGCCCGAUCCUGCUGAAGGACGUCGUGGGCAACGAGGACACGGUCGCGCGCCUGCAGAUCAUUGCCGAGGAAGGCAACAUGCCCAACAUUAUCAUUGCAGGCCAGCCAGGCACCGGCAAGACGACGAGCAUCCUGUGUCUCGCACACCAGCUGCUGGGGCCCGCAUACAAAAACGCAGUGCUCGAGCUCAACGCCUCAGACGAUCGUGGCAUUGAUGUUGUUCGUAACGAUAUCAAGAUGUUUGCCCAAAAGAAGGUCACGCUGCCCCCGGGACGCCAAAAGGUCAUCAUUCUGGACGAAGCGGACAGCAUGACGGAGGCUGCUCAACAGGCACUGCGCCGCACCAUGGAAAUCUACUCUGCCACAACGCGCUUUGCGCUCGCGUGCAACAUGUCUGACAAGAUUAUCGAGCCAAUCCAGUCUCGUUGCGCCAUUCUCCGCUACACGCGUCUCACGGACGAGCAGAUUCUCAAGCGAUUGCUCGAGAUUUGCGAUGCCGAGAAGGUGCCACGGACGGAAGAGGGAUUGACUGCGCUCAUUUUCACCGCUCAAGGCGACAUGCGGCAAGCGGUGAAUAACUUGCAAUCCACCUUCUCCGGCUUUGGUUUUGUCAAUCUGGACAAUGUUUUCAAGAUUUGCGAUCAACCGCACCCGCUCAUUGUGCAAAAGAUUCUCGAGGCUUGCAAGGUCGGCAACAUUGACGAAGCGUACGCACAGCUCGAGUCACUUUGGGCGCUCGGCUACUCGCCACUAGACAUUAUUUCCACCAUCUUCCGCGUGACCAAGAAUUUCCCCUUGCCUGAAGCUCUGCAGCUCGGCUUUAUCAAGGAAAUUGGCUACACGCACAUGCGCAUCGCGGAUGGUCUCGGAACCCUGAUGCAGCUGACUGGGUUGAUAGCCAGGAUGUGCGAGCUGGCGACCUCCAAGUGAAUUUUUGCUCCGACUUGCUUUCAGUCACAUUUCAAAAUGCAUGCUGUUAUUUUUUGCUUUCCAUCGUUUAUUACUGCUCAACAAGGUGCUUUAUGGUUGGG